CCAUCGUCAUCUCUCUCUCAAUAUUAGUAAGAGUUGGAGGGACCAUGUGGUGACAUCCUUCCGAUGCAGAUGCACCCAGCCAGCUGCAACUCCAAGGCGCCGGCGCCGGCGCCACAGCCGGUCAAGGAUGGCGCAUCGUCGUCGGCGCUGGACCUCCAAAAAGGAAACCCGGCCGGCCGCGAGGUGGUCCUCGCCGCAGCCGUCGUCGACGUGUGCCUUUUCGGGGCCGCCAUGGCCGGCGCGGCGUUGCUGACGUGGUGGGCGCUGGCGUUCCACCCCUCCUACUCCCAGCUGUGGAUGGUGCCUGUCGGCCUCGUGCUCGCCUGCACCCCGCCCGUCGUCUGCCUCGCGCUCCACUUCUCCGACUCGCGUGUGCCGGGUAAAGGCGGUGCUGGUGCGCCGCCGCCGCCGCUGUUGUCCGCCGUGGUCGUCGAAAAGUAGUGCGUCGUACGUGUUCAUCGAUCAUGCAUGCAUGUGUAAUAUAUUUAUAUUCGUUAGUUUUUUUGGGGGGAGGGGGGGCUCACUUCAUCAUACUGCAUCUCGAUCUAUCGAAUUUUUGACAAUAAACAUGUACGGAUGAUGGAAAUCCAGCUGGUGUACGUGUACGGACGUAGGGAGAAAAUGCAAGUGAGAAUGUAUGUAACUAAGAAAAGUACUGCUGUUUUUCAGGCGCUUGUAAUUUCCCUUAUGUUUCAAUCAAAUAAUUAUUGUUGGUUGGUA